GGGUGGCCGCGUCCACAGCCGGCGAGAUGUCCGUUGACGAUGAACAGCCGGGGUCCGCGGCGGGCGUCAGCGGCAUGUUUGACAAGGACUUCGUGGUGGAGAGCGUGCUCAACUACAUGAGCACCGAGGAGCUCUUCACGUGCGCGGAGGUGAACCGACUGUGGCAGUCGGUUGCCCUGUCGCUGCUGAGGAAGAAGCUUAUCUCCGUCUCCAUAUGCUGUUCACCGGAAUCAGACCCGCCGGGCCCGGAGCCAGUGCAGGACAGGCUGCACGCGUGCGUCGAGGUCAUGUGCUCAAAGUUCGCGCGCUAUCGCAACAUCGCGCGCCUGGCCGGCAUGCGGCCAUCCCUGGUGUUCCUGUCCUACCACGCUGACCUCAAUGAAGACAGGAGGGUGGUCGACUGCGUGCGCGAGCUGCUCCCCUUGAGUUCGGUCAUCGUGUACUUCAAGUUGGAGCUUAUCCGAAUGGCCGACGACUCCGAUGACAGCUCACACGAAGGUGUGUUCGGCGAGUUCCUGUUCCACGCCGACCCAAUCGUACGACCCGAGCCGAGCGACGACGACCAGCAGCAACCACCGCCGCCGCCGGACAGCCCUGUCCCCGGCCCGUCGUCGCAGUCUGGGCCGAGCCAGGCGCCGGAACUUCGUUCGGAGGCCGAGCCACCACCACCAACACCGCCCGCUGUUCCGGUUGAGGCGCCGGAACGUCGUUCCGAGGCCGAGCCACCACCACCAACACCGCCAGCUGUUCCGGUUGAUGAUGAUGCGGCUGCCCCCGCCGUGACAGACGCCCCCGCCGUGGCAGACCCCGCCGUGGCAGACGCCCCCGCCGUGGCAGACGACGCCGCCGUGGCAGACGCACCCGCCGUGGCAGACGCCCCCGCCGAUGGAUCGCAGCCGGCGGCGUUGCCUGUCGUAUGGCCACGCCCCCGAAUUCCAUCGACGGGCAGAGGCAGCGGCGCCGUCUUCCAUAACGUGCUGCCCGGCGUGCUCAUGUUCCAGGCGCUGCAUGUCACCGAAGGCACCCUGGAGGCGGACGUCGCCAACUCCCGCUUCACGGAAGAGGCCACCGGCAGGGUCAUAAAGGUGACCUCGGUGGCCAUCUUCAACGCGAUGCAGAGCAGCCGGCUGGACCCGUUCAUGCACAGCCUGGGCGAGGGCUUCGGCCCCACCACCGACACCAUCGCGGUGGCGUUCCCGCGGAACCAGGACGAAGCGAGGCUCGAGCUCGAGGCCUUCGAGCGCAACUUUCCGAGAGUGCCGGCGCUGGCCAAUCAAGCGACAGAGUUCAACGUGGACGGGCAGUUCGCACCCAUCGGCCGCCUGAAGCUUAUAUUGCUGCUUAUCAAGCUGCUCGACUAAGAAGGUUGCAGCAAUGGACUUGAGCUCGGCGGCCAAGUGCAUCAUCGGACAACGGCCGGGUCUUGUACAUAGGUCUAUGUCGAGAAAAAAGAAAAAAGAAAAAGCGUGAACGAUAAGACUUAUCUUAGGAAUAUCGCUCUUUAAUAUAGUAUAGCCUUGCCAAACACACACACACACACACACAUACACAAUUCAGCCACAGGAUGUAUGCGGCGCGUUGCAAGGAUCUUGGGCUACAUGUCGAUCUUUCCGCGAUCUGAAUUGACGACAGCAGUUUUUAUUUGCCUAAACACAGGUAUGAACGUGUAAAACGUAAGCUAUUCUUAUAAGCAUGAACAUGUAAUCAUACUUGAUCGCGCGC